AUGGAAGACAAACCCCAGCAUAUCGACUUGAAUGGCAACUCGUUCGAGCUUCCGAGCUUUACUAUGAAAGAAAUCUACGAUGCUAUUCCAGCACAUUGUUUUAAGCCCUCUACCAUUCGAUCCAUGGCAUACGUCGCACGCGAUUAUCUAUACCUCAGCACUCUCAUCUACCUCUCCAUCACUUAUAUCCCUCUCAUUCCGUCUGCACCGCUUCGUUUUGUGGCUUGGACUGCUUACACAGUAAUUCAAGGUUUCGUUUUCACCGGAAUUUGGAUACUUGCCCAUGAAUGUGGUCAUGGGGCGUUUUCAAAAUCAAAAACCUUGAAUUGGACCAUGGGACUCAUAAUGCACUCAUUUCUCCUAGUACCUUUUCAUUCAUGGCGUCUUUCGCACUCACAACAUCACAAAGCCACAGGAAACAUUGAGCGCGAUACUGCUUUUGUACCUCACACUCGUGAUACCUGGCUCAAAACUAAGCUAGGCCCUAAAGCAAGUGCAAACAUGAUCGAGUUCGCAGAGCUGGCUGAAGACUCCCCAAUCGUAGCCUUAUGGCAUGACCUGGUUCAUCAACUCGUCGGAUGGCCUGGAUAUCUGCUCUUUAAUUUGACGGGACAAAAAUAUGGAGGUGCCAAAGGGCUUCGAAUAUCGCACUUUUAUUUCGGCGAGGAUUCGGUCUUUUUCAAAAAAAACGAACUUGGCUUAAUUCUUCUAUCCGACAUUGGGGUAGCUGUCAUGGUUGUUGCGCUGGUCAUAGCUGGUCAAACCUUCGGCAGCUGGAACAUUUGCAUCUUGUUCGGUGUGCCGUGGUUAUGGGUGAACAACUGGAUUGUCGCCAUCACAUUUUUGCAGCAUACCGAUGCAUCCAUGCCACAUUAUAGUAAUUCAACAUGGACCUUUGCUCGUGGUGCAACAGCCACCAUUGAUCGAGAUCUCGGCUUCCUCGACACACAUUUUUUCCACGAUAUAAUCGGGACACAUGUUUGUCAUCAUCUUAUCUCUAGUAUACCAUUCUACCACGCUGGUGAAGCUUCUACGCAUAUAAAACGCGUCAUGGGUAGUCACUACAAAUCUGAUACCAAGACUCCGUUUUGGACAGCUUUUUGGCGUAACCAACGUUCGUGUAAAUUCGUGGAAGAGAGCGAAGGAUGCGAGGGAAGCGGGGUAUAUAUGUUUCGCAAUCUAUACAAGCGGGAGGGAGAAGUUAGGCCUUUGCAGCUUGUUUCAAACAAGGGCCAAGAGCGUGCAGAAUAUAAAGAAGAGAAAAAACCGCUCAUGGCGACUUCGCGCAACCUGGAUACUCGAAGACGCCUAUCACAAUCUGCGCAGUUACGCGCCAAUCUUCCUCUCCUUGCCGACGGGUAA